ACGCCGAGGAAGAGGACACACUCAGAGGAGAGACUUUAGGACAUCUAGUCAAUAUGGAUCUGUAUCUUAUGGUGUAUAAUCUGCUUUGGGGACUGCUUUGUGAUUCCUUGUCUCGCAGAAUUUCCUACUUCUUCUCAAUGUUUCCUCUUACGCAAAUUAUGGUUUUCAUAGAAGAUUUCAAAGCCGGCUUCCUGCAUUCUUGUCAUCUGAGUCGACAUUAUGCAGGAAAGCUAGAUAUCUACCAGAUGUUUCACCUUUCAUCCAGACCCACUCCACCUUUGCAUAAUGCCUGCAACAAAUCUGUGGUCAAUUUAUGGUGUUAAUUCAUUACUGUCAAGAGUUUGAAACAACAUGUUGAGCAUAACAGAUAAUUAAAGGCUGUCAAAAUAUUUUAAUUAUCAUCAGAACUGUGUUGAGAUUCUUUAAUCAGAAGGCAGCUUUUAUUUAGCUCUUACUGGGUUCAUUUGGUCUGUAACUCCAACACUUUUAGAUGCAUCCCUGCUGCUACAGCUGAAUUAAAUGUCUGAAUUACUUCCUUAUUGUCAGUUUUGUAAAGGCCUGGUCAUUAACUAUUGGUCUGAACAAGCUGCUGGAGCAGAGAAGCAUCCAAACGUUGAGACUUGAGAACUGGAGUUUCAGACACCUGGCUUACAGAAAGGCACUGAAGCUAACGGCUAGUCCAGGAAAAGCCAGAAAAUCUGAUUCCAGGUUAUAGAAAAGCUACUUUAGAAACAAUUUGGAUCAAAUUUGCUUCAGGAGGUCAGUGAUGUUGGUGUAAAAACAAAAUAUAGCAUUUCAAGACCUUUUUUGCACUGAGUAUGUGAUUGUUAAAAAUGUUUCUUGCAAAUUUUUGUUUUUAUUUUUGUGAACGUUUUAGUUGUUUGACUCGUUCUAAGAUUUAAAAUAUCUAACCAGACUCAGAUCAUGGACCUGCUCUUUAGCUUUAGCAUUAGCUUUUGCGCCACAGGAAACCUGAAAUAGCAAACCAACAACAUGAGGCUCUGACAGUUAUCAACUCAGAUCUAUCUGCUUAGGCAAAAUAAAUUUUGAAAAUGACAAUAAAUAUGAAUAUAAUUUGCAGUUUAUCUUUUGUGGCAGCUUUAUAAAUUCUGCUAAGCAUCAAAAAAUCUACUUUAAACCUGAAAAUGCAAACAAAACUGAAGCCAACAAAUCAGUUUGGGAUUUUUUCCAGGUGGGAUCAGCAGCUUCAAAGAUCCUCCACCAUCUGAAAACCACAACUUAUUGUCUUUUUCAUGUAUUCAUAAGCUUUGAUGUUCUGGUCUGUCCAGUCCGAGUCUCAUUGUCAAUGUUUGUGUCAAAAUAAAAUCCACCUCCAGAGCUUCUAGUUUAUAUUUAGAAUGAACAUUAGAAUAAUUCAGAAUUUCCCUUUUACAGGAGAUCAGAUAAACUGCGUUUGUCGUCUGGUUAAAAGCUCCAGAACAGGCAUUAGCAGUAAAGAGGCCAUUUUAUCAGCUAAGUUAAGGAGCAACACCCUUUUUUCACCAGCCUAGUUGUCAGUGUGGCAGGGUGUGCCUCUUCCCUGUAACAUGAGAGCCACAUGACCAAUAGGAAGACAAACAGGCUGGAGUUUAGAUUUCUUCCGCAAACUUUACGAGUUUUUCUAGAAGGCCGAGGAGAGCAGGCUGCAGUUUGAAGACGUUUGCAGAGCCGACCGUUUGUGAGACACCAGCCAACGAUGGCGAAUCCGUUACAGAAGCUUGUGUCGGAGAGGAAGGACAUGGUGGAGACGGUGAUGGAGGUGUUCGAACAGGGAGCCGAAGUGGUGGCCAGCAUCGCCGGAGACCUCUUCCCCGUGUUUUCCAUCGCCGCUCCCAUUGUCAAGCUGGCUCUGGACAAUGUGGAGAGCAAAGAGGCGGCCUUCAUGAAGGAGCAGUUCCAGAAGGUCCGAGACCGUCUGGAGGUGGCCUCCGAGGAGCUGCAGCGGAUCAACGACGAGAUCAAGAAGAGCGGGGUGGAUACUGCCUACUUCUCUGUGGAGGAAAACAUCACCAACCAGUUCAGGAAGUACAUGGACAUCCUCAACGCCAAGCCGAAGUUCAGAGAGGUGAAGAAGAAGCUUUUCCUGGAUCAUUUUGCCAAAACCGGUGGAGAAAAGAACCUUUACAUCCUCUACAAUGCUGUGACCGGAGAAACUUUGUCCGGGGAGCCAAUUCUCGAGAUCAUCCAGAACUACGAGGAGAAAAGCCGCCGACCGAUGGAGGACUUUUGUGCUCGACUGAAGAACCUCUUCUGCUUGGGGCUCAUUGCGCUUUUGGGGCACACUGCCCUGAAAGGCUACGACGAAGAUGAGGCUCUUCUGAAAGAGUGGAGGGAAAAUAUGAACAACGUCCAAGCCAAAAUGAACGCCGUCAUCGAAGACUGCAUCGUUAGCUUCCCUAAGCAGGCCGAACAAGACUCCCACCGCCUGGUGAGAGACCAGGAGGGCUUAGACAACCAGCAGCUAGCCGACGCCAUCAUCGAGAAGCUAAAGAAGAAGUACGACUGGGUGGGCUGGUCUGUGCGCGUCUUCAAGUCUCCCACUGGCCUGUUCACCAACAAGAAGGACUACCACUGCGCCACCGGGAAGAGCCGCUUCCAGGUUCCCACGUCGGACGAGAAACUGAACGUCUGGGUGUCGUUCAGCUCCUCGCCUGAACCCGUGGAUAAGAGCCACAUCCAGCAGCUGAUCCAGAGUCAGAAGAAGCUCACCGUGGUGGGUGUAGCCGAGUUACUGUUCGAGAAGCUGCCGGGCGACUGCGUCGUCCACACCAUUAAAACCAGUAAAGACCUGGGCUGCUCCUGGAGCUUCAAGGACGACCUGCACUACUGGGAGGAGCACAAGAACUUCUACGUCUGCGUUCAUUCAGCCUGAAGAUUUAGAGAAAACUCUGUUUGCACAAAUUAUAGCACCAUGCUGCUCCGCUGUCCUCUGACCUUACAAAUGUUCCUCAGAAUGGGCCUUUAGUUAUUAUAAAGUUGAGAGUGUUUAUGAGGUGUAAGUAUCUUAUGUGCAUGUGGGAUCUGAGUGAAGCUAACAGCUAUCAGAGCAAAGCCAUUCAACAAGGGAGACAUUAAAGACUCAAAUUUCCAAAGAUUUAUGUGAUUUAACCAACUGCAUCCAUGUUGCCAUGUAACUGCAGCUUUUCCAACCUCAAAACAAAAAUAAAACGGUAAAACUAAGCACAUGUAUUUAUCCAUAUUAAUUUGCUUUGUUCAACAGAAGAAGUGGUCAGAAAAAGCUGCAGAGCAACAAGGACGUUGUUGAGUUAAUAAAUUAACAAAUUACACAAACAUCUUUUGCAAGAGCAUAUUUUCAGAGCAACUUCAAUUUGAUUGUUUUUGUCAGUUUUUAUUCUCCUGCUGUGUUUAUGUGUAGCUGUUAGCAUUACUCACUGACUGAUGUCCUGGAAACAAGCUAGUACUCUAAAAAAAUCUUUUAGAAAAUGUUUUAUUCCUUUCUUUUGCAUCUCCAACUGUGUAAAAAAACAUCUCCUGCCUUUUUUCAGAACAAAUUAUUGAGAUAAACUCUGAUGUGAGUUUCACAACAAUAUUCCUCUUCUUCUGAAGAUUUUGGCAGGAUUUAAUGUUUCAACCUGGACAUGUUUUUAUUAGAAAGAGAAAAUUGUUAUGGAUGUUCUGGAGCUGAUGAAGCUGAGCUCACCCUAAUGGACCGUUUGUAUCAAAACCACGGGAAAAUCUAGAAACCCUCCGUUUGAUUUCACUUUUAGUUUUCUUAUUUGGCCUAAAGAAAAUGACACAAUGUUUCUUUUUCUGUCCGCUUUAAUCAGCACUGAUGCUGCUGCAGCGUCUGUCAGCUUUCAGUGUCGUCAAACAUCUCCACGCUUCUUCCUGCUCUGACGUCUCGCUUUUUUGUGCAGCUGAAAUUCACUUUUGAAACGCUUAGUUGAACGUUUGAUUCAUUUUGGGUUUUGGGGAUUUAGUUUUUAUUCAAAUGUUUCUAAUCUGACAUUCAUGUUCACACUACCUGCUGACAAUGCAGUCAUAUUCAAUAGAUUAUAAACUGCUUAAAAGGAUCAAACAUACUUUUUAUUAAUUAAGCCCACGUUUCUAUUUCAAAAUGUUUUUUUCCAUCCAUUCCCCUAAAUGUUUUUUUUUAACCAUCUGUAAACAGAAAAUCAUGAUAAUUAACAGAAGGUUUAAAAAUAUCAGUCUGUGUGAAAUUUAUCCAUAUGAUGUGUCUCACAUUUUGUGAAUUUAUUAAUAAAACUAAUGUACUUUAAAAAAUAUUCAGAUUUAUUGAAUGUGAUUGUAUAAUGCACUGACUGUUCAUAGUUGUGGGUUUUCUGCUCUUUUGUCAACAUUAUGUUUCUUCUUGUUCAGCUUAUAUAAAAAAACUCAAUAACACAUUUUGUGACUUUUUUCUUUUACACUUUCUAUUGCAAUGGUUCCCUGUCACCAACAAAAUAAAUAAAUCUUGAUUUAAUGCAUGA